GGCCAGUCGGUGGAUCGAUCGACGUCCCGUCGAACCUCGCGGUGGUGAGCGCCGCUGCGCCUGUGGGGCGGGGCGAGAGGGCGCCUCAGUCGUGUACCGGAGCCCAUCAGGGACGCGUCCAGCUCCUCGAACGCUUCGAGUUGCUCGUUCGCUCGGAUCUCUCUCUUUUUCUCUCGAUCAACGUUGCCAAAAAAUCGGAAACUCGGUUUUAAACAAACCGAGAGAAGCUCGCGUAAUUGUCCAGGGAGAGAGAGAGAGAGCAAACGUGAUCGUUCAGUGUUAAACGAAGUAGAAGAAUUAUCCUUCCUCGCAGUAUCCUGUUCGAACGCUGUCCGGGAUAAGUAAUUCGGGUCAGUUUCGCGUGAAACAGUGAGAUCGGAUCGAAUCGACACGGUCCGUUCGGGAUUUUUCGGAGCCGGUUCGCGUUACACUCGAUCCCUGCCGGUUCAUAUCGAUUCGAGAGGUGAUACGCAGAGAUACACGCACGUCCCUAGUGAGACAAGUGAGAUAUACGUGGAGUAGGUGCGUAAAAAGGGUUUCGAAAGUAUCCACGGGGUAAAGGCGUCUAUGUGCGCGCCCGGAGACACGGAGAGCUACCCUGGCACCUAGCGGACGACGCGGGGUGGCUUCACCAAGGUGGUGCUCACGAGAGGUUUGAACUCGUCCCAGGGUGGCGGUCUCCAUCGGUAGGAAACGGGAAGGCAGGUGAACCGCGUCCAGGAGGGGAUUGACGAGCCAGGACCAAGAACACGAAGACGAAGACGACGCCGUCGAGGAGGAAGAGCAGUCCGAGGGUGGCGGUGAAGGAGCUGAGGAGGUGGUGGAGGAGGAGGAGGGUGGCGACGACGACGACGAGGACGGAGAAAAUCUCGGGACGACUGUUGCGACGUGGGUCGCGAGCGGUGGUCAGGAAGAGGGUAGAGUAACGGUUUCGGUUCCGAGGCAGGGGAGAUUUCGAGGUUGGUGGUGGCGUUUGUGAAGGCAACCUGUAGCAAGAUGGGCUGUGCCAUGUCCGCGGAAGAGCGGGCCGCCUUGGCCCGCAGCAAGCAGAUCGAGAAGAACCUGAAGGAGGAUGGGAUCCAGGCUGCCAAGGACAUCAAGCUGUUGCUGCUUGGUGCUGGUGAGUCUGGGAAAAGUACCAUCGUUAAACAAAUGAAAAUUAUCCAUGAAAGUGGAUUUACACCCGAAGACUUCAAGCAGUACAAGCCCGUAGUAUAUAGCAACACGAUACAAUCUCUAGUCGCUAUUCUAAGAGCGAUGCCCACUUUGGGCAUCAGCUUUUCGACCAAUGAACGAGAGACGGACGCAAAAAUGGUGUUCGACGUGAUUCAAAGAAUGGAGGACACGGAACCAUUUAGCGAGGAACUUUUAGUCGCAAUGAAGAGGCUCUGGUCUGACAAUGGUGUUCAGGAAUGCUUUGGAAGGAGCAACGAGUACCAGCUCAACGACUCUGCAAAAUAUUUCCUGGACGAUCUAGAGCGAUUAGGAGCAAGGGAUUAUCAGCCUACGGAGCAAGAUAUUUUAAGGACUCGUGUUAAAACAACGGGCAUAGUCGAAGUCCACUUUUCCUUCAAGAAUCUUAAUUUCAAAUUGUUCGACGUGGGUGGUCAGAGAAGCGAGCGUAAAAAAUGGAUUCACUGCUUCGAGGACGUCACCGCGAUUAUAUUUUGCGUUGCGAUGUCCGAAUACGAUCAAGUUCUGCACGAAGAUGAAACGACGAAUCGAAUGCAAGAGAGCUUGAAACUGUUCGACUCAAUUUGCAAUAACAAAUGGUUCACCGAUACCGCCAUCAUCCUCUUCCUGAACAAGAAGGAUCUUUUCGAGGAGAAAAUUCGCAAGUCUCCGCUCACUAUUUGUUUCCCUGAGUAUGCUGGGGCGCAAGAAUACGGUGAGGCCGCCGCAUACAUCCAGGCGCAGUUCGAAGCGAAGAACAAGUCAACCACUAAAGAGAUCUACUGCCACAUGACUUGCGCCACUGAUACAAACAACAUUCAAUUCGUGUUCGACGCAGUCACAGAUGUCAUUAUCGCCAAUAAUCUUCGUGGCUGCGGUCUCUAUUAGAAUAAAUAUUCCCGUCGCGGAGCCGAUCGACCGACACACAUUCACACUCACACUCACACAUAUGAACACGACAGGCAUGUAUUGCGAGAGCGAGGGAGCGUGUGAGAACGAGAGACUGCGAGAAAGAGUGCCAGAGGGGGAGAGACAGAGUGAAAGAUAGUGAGCGAAAGAGAGAGAGCAAGAUAUACACCUAUGUACCACCGCUAGCUACUACUACCGACCACCUGCGGACUUUCUUGGUUCUUUUUCUUCUUUUUUUUAUCACCCUUACGUGCAACCCUUUCGAUUUUUCCCUUAAGUGAGAACUAAGUGGAACUCAAUACUUGCAGAAUUACAGAAAUAGUGAAAUCUGAGUUUCAGUUGUGGACAGCAAGGAUGUUUGUCAACAUAUUGCAACUCACUCAAAGAAGAAUUUAAAGCUUAGAAAUAAAUACUCGUACAGAAUCUAUAAUAGAUCCAUGUUUGAUCUAAUUUGCAGGAUUCACAAGCUGAAGUUUAUAGGUUAUGUCACUGUGUCCAUCUGCUGGACAUUUAAGAAAUCCUAAAACUUUUAGAGAUCCGACUAUAAUGGAAUCGGCUCUGAUAGUUAAUAAUAGAAAUAUCUGGAGAUUGAGAUCAAACUGAAACGAGUCACAUUUAUUAUUUUAAGCGGCGAAUUCGGUUCUCAGAGUGAUUCAUUAUUAAAGAAACAUCCUAUGUGUAUGCUGUAUAUUGAUCGAGGUGUUUCCACUUUUCAAAUAAUCCGACGAAUUUAAUCCGUAAGAUUCAAUUGGUUGUGACUUAUAGAAUUAACCUGUCGAUUAACGUGUUUAUGAACAACUCACUAGAAUCUCAUCCAUUUGGAUUCAGUGAAUUAGAAUAAUAUUCAAUGACAAUCAGCUUUUGUUUUAACUAUGGUUUCAAGUUGCUUCAGGACUGAACCUAUAAUUUAACAAACUGAAAAUUUGAUGUGUAUUUUGUUCGAUGAAGAAGAAAUGGAUUACAAACUUGAUCCUCUAAGUAAGGAAAAUAAUCGAAAGGGUCACGAUGGUUGACUUUUCUGAAGUUCAGCAAUGAAUUGCACAAAGACCAAUCACACAACACACUCGGAUCCUCUGGUUUUAUUAUAAAUUAAGGAGAAGAGAUUGAAACGUGAUACCUCUUCACCCAGGUAGAAAAUUGGACCAUCAUGGGAUGAAAAACUUGUGUUAUUUUUAUUCAAAUAACUCCCAAGUAACACUCGAGUGAAUAAAUUUUGAAACAAUGGAGAGAGAAGUGAAAAAAGAAAAGAUGAAUGGAAUUAAAGCACACAUAUCUAGCACAAAACGCUGCCUUCUACUAGUUUAAUCCAUUUGUUUUAUUCUUCCAUUUUUAAGACUUGUUUCAACCGAAUGUACCAAUUAAAAUUCGCCAUAUCACAAUACUUUGCACAAUCAAUUUUCUACCUGGGAAUAUCAUACGGACAAUUUACAAUAUUUCCUUUCCUUAUACUAAUAAUAAUAUCAUUCAACGUAUUAGCUUUAUUUAACGUACAAUAUGUUUUAUUGCCAUACCAGUCACGCACAAAACGAUAAAGAGCUAUAUUUUUACUUGUUACAUUUAUGUUUUCUAAAGAUAAAUUCGACGGUUGUUAAGUUCAGCUCCCUUUAAAUUGGAAGACUGAAGAAAUCUGAAAAUCGACGCAAUCCAAGAUUCAUGGAACGAACCAGACAAGUUUAGAGCGCCCAAAGGUCUCAUGAAAUUUUAAUUCGGGCUAUUUCGAACAUUUCUGUUCAAUCGAAGUCUCUUUAACGGAGGCACUUUUAAGACGAAGAUUACUUUCCGUAAUAUUGUUCCAAUUCAUGAAACACACGUUCACUGUACGCACAUAAUCGCACAGUAAUACAAAAUUACACGAGUGUACAUAUACGGUACGGCGCAGUCUCGUUAUAUGGCCGUGAAGAUUGGAAAAAUUGUUAUAAUUUGAAAUGCAAAUUUGAGAUUGUAAAAUUUACAAGUUGUAAAAUGGACAAUUUGUAAAGCGUUACAAGUGGGCCAUAUAGCGGGACUCCUCUGUAUAUAGGACAUCCUUUGAAGUUUUUAUAUCAUGAAAGGAUGAGGUUCCACUGUGAAUACACUAGGAUCCUUGAAUUUCCAUAUUUCGGAUAAUUUAGUUGACUUUAAAAAUUAUGUUUACGUUCUCGGACAAGUUAGGAAAACUUUUGUUUUCGAGUUGGCUCUAAAAUCGGUACGAUUGAAACAUUCCAUAUCGAAGUGAAAUGUUCCCUCUUAUAUUAACGCACACCGCAAUUUUCGUAUUCAGUUUUUUCUAAGGAGCUUGCUCUCUACUGGGAUUGCAAUUGUGGUUAGAAAAUGCAUGAUACAAUAGUAAACGUGUUAAUUUUAUUAAGCGACUUUACCAAAGGUAUCCAACUUUUUUAACUAACUUCUCUUAGAAUACAAAACUAUAAUUCACUUUUAUAUCGUGUGUAGUGUGGUUUAUUGAAGCAUUCUUUUCCCCUCUCGAAUAAUUGCAGUUGCAAUUCCAACGCCGCUGUAAUAUAAAAAUGAAAUACAGAGUGAUCGACCAAAAAGAACCAAAGAAUCGUAGAACAAUAAUUACAAUGUAAAGAAAAAAAAAGAUCUUCGAAUUAAUCCGAAUUAUAAAAGAUAGGAAUUUCCCGUUGGAAAAGGCAAAAUUUCACCGUUUUCCUUUUUUAAUCCUAGAAAGAUUUUUCGUUUGUGUUUCCGUUUUUUACAUAUUUUGUGAAUUAUUUUUAUAUCGUUAGUUGAAUCUAGGGGAUAAAUGAAAAAUAGUAUUACCGUCACCGCCGUUGCCAUAUUACUGUAAAAGUUAAUAUAUAUAAAUCUUAGGGGUAUCGAUUAUAAUUAAUUAAGUAUUCCUAUAUGUAGUAGCCGUAAUUAUGUAUAAAUUAAGUACGGAUAUAGAAUUUCUAGUCAAAAUAGAAGAAACGUACUAAUUCGUACGAAACAGUUUCGGGGAAUUUCGUUCUUUUUUUUUUUCUGCUAAAUUGAGUUCAACUCGAUUCAGCCAAAAAGUUUUGUAUUUAUACCGAUGUUCAGUAAGUUAAAAUAUAAUAAUUUUCAGGGCGUUCAAUUUAUUUUCAGACGGUUGAAAAUCGGUUUCAUUUGACCAAAGAAAAGGCAGCGACUAAAUUUCUAAAUUUGCCAACUGCCCAUCGAUUAAGCUCUGUAAAUUGAUUGAACUAAAAAUUGUAACAGGAAGUUGUGCAAUUUCGAGGCUGGAAAUUGUAUUCGAAUAAUUAUAAUCGACUAGGAUAAUGAAUUAAAGUGUUAUAGCAGUGAUUCUGUUGACAUUUGUUUCUUCUCGGCUCUUUUCCCUAAUCUUUAUCGGAAGUUUCCCUAGUUUCUCGAGAAUGUUUCGGAGAGCCAUUUAUCGACGUUUAUAAUUUUAAUUAUCCUUCUUUUCGUUAUAUAUUUCCUUUUUUAAUAAAUUUCAUUUGUCGAACGAGAAAUUCAGGGAUUUGUAAAAAGAUCUUUGAAAAUUUGUGCACAAUUGAGAAAAACACGUUUCUUGCCUUACGACGAAAGACACAUACGACACCGAACGAUUGCUUGAUCAUCAUAGAAGAGAAACAGUAUAGUCGAAGGAAAAAAUAAAUAACAAAAGCGAAAUAAUAUUUUUCACGAAGACGAAGAAUAAAAAUUACGAGUACGUAAAUAGGAGAAAGAAUGAAAAGGAGAGAUAACAGAAAAAAAGAAAGAAACUAAUAGAAAAUGUGUUCGCACGGAGGUCGAUAAAUAUUUGUAUCGAUAGAGAGAAAAUAGUAGGAGAAAGAAAUGAACAGCUUACGUACGCUUAAAUUAAUUGUAAUUCGAUAUUUGAAUUUGGCGCCAAAGUUCCUGGCUGGGAGUAGGUGGCCGCGUGGUGGGGGUAGAUGAGUGGGCGGAACAAAUGCGAGACUAACUAAAAAACACUAGUGUUAUUAUCGUAAUUGUAACUGAUUAAAUGGUAACGAUCAUAAUCUUAUCGAUAAACACUAAAUGAUAAUAAGAAGACGUUGAUGAAAGGCGGAAAGAAAAUGAGGGAAACACAAUGGGAGUCAAGGUUGUGCAAUCAUCGUUAAUGAUUGUUUACAAAUAAUACACCCAACAAAAAAAAAAAGAACAAAUAAAUCGUUUCGUAAAAUCAUUCGUAGAUUCGACGAACCAACGCCGUUUCUUUCUUACUUUUACCUUUUCAUUCUUUUAUCGUGAAGGAAACAAACGAGACAGAAAGGGAUGAAAGAAAGAGAAAACGUAAGCAAGGAAGAAUGAGUGUGAGAGAGGGAGAGAAAGAAACAAGGAAGGGGGAUUUUUUUGGGGACGAGUAAGGAAACGUUGCGAGAGGAGAAUGCUCUCUCAUUAUACAUAUAUAAAUAUAUAUAAUUAUUAUGUAAUAAUUGUCCAUACAUCUUGAAAUGUCGAAAUAAACGAACAAAUAAAGA